AUGACCAGUUAUUAUCGACCAUUUUCGUCAAGUGUCCUUGCGUUUUCUUCUGAAGGCGAAGAUCUGGACUUGAUAAGUGAUGGCAUCAGUUCUCAAAAGAAAGACCUUCUCCUUGAAGCUUUUGCACAACAAACCAAUGACAAUAUCCAGAAGAUUGUUGGAUUCCUCGACAACAAGUUGACCAAAAGAGGGAGAACCAUCAAUCUCUCUACCAGAUGGCGGAAGCUGAAUGCAAUUGAAAGGGGGAGAAAUUAUCGACGAAACAAUACGAUGAAGAACAGCUUGACAAUUGAAGAACUAUGGGAAGAAGCUCUGGCUGAAGCUAGCAUUCCUUUCAUGCAUCCAGAAAUGUUGUCAUCAUCUGAAGACCCCUUGUCAAAUUCUGAGGAAGAAACAGACGAAUCCAUAACAGCUUCUGAAGAGGAUUCAUCCGAGGAUGUGAUUUCGUCGUCUCCCAUAUUUGGCUUGCAUCUCGAUGAGGAAGGCAGAAUUGCAGAACUUGAUGACGUUUCAAGGCUAGAGGCAAAUUCUGAAUCAUCGCUGGAUAUUGACUCGAUUUUGAAUGACGCGAAAGAAGAAUACAUGAGCCAGCGAAAAGGUUUCGAGAGUCUUAACGCUGCUCUCGGAGCCAUAGCCCUUCUAAAUGCGUCGCGUAGUGAAUACUGGGACGUGCUGGAUACAACAUUCGAUUCUGGUGUGGAACAAUCUGAUGCCAAACUCGAAGAGAUCGCUACUGGUGAAUUGAGCACUAAAGAGCCGUUGGAGGACUUGAGUGCAAUAUGGGAGGAUGAUGACGAUGAUGUAUCAACAGAGAAAGAGGACGGGUCCACUGACGAGAUAACUGCACUGACUGAAGCGACGCUGUCCGAAUUAAUAGAUUCCAAAGAAAAAGAACCGUGGCGGACGGCAACGAUUAGUGAAUUAUUCGAAGAUAUGGAAGCAAAUCAGUACAUUCUCACCACAGAAGAGUCGAAUUUACUGCUAGCAUAUAUGGUAACAUCUGUUGACGAGUCGGUGGACGCGAUUCUCAAUAACUCCUUGCAGCUGUUUGACCAAAUGAAGACUCUUCAAAUUAGCGGACAAGCAGAAAGUGGUCCUGACAUCUACACAUAUCGAAUCCUUCUCCUCGCGCUAAGCAGACGUCUCAGUGCAUCGGGGGAGGCUCUCAAGCUUUCCAAAGGCUUCUUUGAAUCUGGGCUUGAGGUGACUCCUGAGGUGUAUCUGAACUGCAUGGAAGUCUGUUUCGAGAGGAACGAUCUCAUUUCUGCCCACGACAUACUCAGAUCUGCGCUCGAGCAAGACGAAACUUUCCGCCCACCUGUGGCCUCCUACAUUUGGAUGAUUGACAUGAUGAAGAACGAAAACCUUCAAGAACAAGCUCUUCGCCUUUUGAAUCAAGUGCACGAGAAACAUAGUCUGAGUAGUGAGGAAGAGGGAAAACUAUUUGUUUCGCUCUGCAACUGGCCGGUUCGAUCCAGAAGAGGAGACCUCGUUGAUACCACUCCUUUGAUGUUGAAUAUCUUGGACAUUUUGGAAAGAAGAUGCAAAGGAGAUGGGGAUAAGCCUCAGAAGAAGAUAUGGAGAAAAUUGAUCACACGGCUUUGGAAGCAGGCUAAAUCCGGUGCAUCCAAUUGGAAAGACCUCGACCGAGCCAUUGCUUCGUUUCUUGGAUUGUACCCAGAGUAUGUACCUGAUCCAUUGCUACUGAAGCAAGGAUUGGAUAUGGCUGAAGCGAUGUCCGAUGCGUUGGUAAUGGCUGAAAUGAUAUCGAGGCAAAGUGCGAACGCUGAAGACGCUCCGGUCGGACGAUUCGAAUCUUUUGACGGAGAAGGCAAUCCGAUCCCAGAAGUUGCAUCUGUUCCACAAGGUGUCUUUCGCAGAAGUCUCGAUGUGUGUAUUCGUUCGGGAAAUGCAGAAAGCGGUCGUCAAAUAUUGGAUGCAUUCAAAGCUAUAAAGGAUGACUAUCCAACGAAGCUUCAAUCAGAUGUCUUUGGUCUGGCUUGUUUGUGUUACACAAGAGCAGGACAAGCAAACGACGCAAAAGACACUCUCUUUGCUAUGAGCGAGAGUGAUAUGGAUGUGAGUGAAGAAAUAGUGGGGGCAGUUUUGUACAGUUUGGUGGUGAACGAUCGCAUAGAAGAAGCGAACGAACUUUUUGAGAAUAUGGAGCAGCUGGUUGGUAAGAGACAACUCACUCCGGGUACUGCUUCCUACGAUGCUAUGAUCCUAUCCCACAUUCGAUCGAAGUCUUGGGAUGGCGCACUUGAACUGUUUGAAACAAUGAAAGAAAAGAAUCUUCCACCCAGUUCUCAAACGAUACAGAGUAUAGUCUUGGCCUCCUAUCAAAAGGAUGGUAGAGGCAACGUUUUGUCCACUUUAGACGAGCUACUACAGGAGCAUGGAACUAGCACUAGCUUUGACGAGCGUACUUUCUUGUUGGCCUCGCGACUAUUGCUACCCAAGGCUCCCAAGACCGUUGACGGACUGCGAACCAUGCUUCGUGAAAUCAGUGACACUGAUCCAUCCUUACGCGAAGAGGCAUUGAACUUGACCCGCUCCUUGCGAACAGCUCAGGUGGAAGAGUACCGCAAGGCAUCCAAGGGACAGCCCAAGUCGCGAGUGCAACCUCAAGACGAUGGACAAACAUGGCAACGGUCAAUAGGCUUCUUGCUGGCUUUGGUGAGGGCAUCAUCUCAACAAUAA